AUGCAUGCAACUUCAUUGCAUCAUCAUACUCAUGGAUCAAAUAGUAAUGUUUAUUAUCAUAUCGAUGAAUAUAUUCGUCGAGAAAUGAAAAAACAAAAGAUUCCAGGUCUUUCAAUAGGUAUAAUACGAAAUAAUGAACUUAUCUAUGGACAAGGUUAUGGUUAUUCAAAUAUUGAACAUGGAUCAUCUGUUAAACUUGAAACAAUGUUUCAAUCAGGUUCAAUGGGUAAACAAUUUAUAGCAAUGGCUAUUAUGAUUUUAGUUGAAAGAGAAGAAAUUGAUUUAGAUACAAAAAUUAAAGAAUAUAUUGAUGAUGUACCUAAAACAUGGAAAAAAAUAACUGUUCGACAUCUUUUAACACAUACUGCUGGUACAUCUGAUUAUCCUGAUGAUUUUGAUUAUCGAAAAGAUAUUGAUGAAGAUCAUAUGUGGAAAUUAAUUAAGAAGAUUCCACUUGAUUUUAAAGCUGGUAAUCAAUAUUCAUAUAGUAAUCUUGGAUAUAUAACAUUAGGAAUAUUAAUUCGUCAAGUAACUGGACAAUUUUAUGGAGAUUUUCUUGAAAAGAAUAUUUUUAAACCUCUCGGAAUGCAAACAGCAAGAAUUAUUAGUGAAAGUGAUAUUGUUUUAAAUCGUGCGUCAGGUUAUGAACUUAUUGAUAAGAAAAUUAAAAAUCAACAAUGGGUUUCACCAAGUCUCAAUAGUUUUGCUGAUGGUGCUCUUUAUCUUAAUAUUUAUGAUAUGGUUAAAUAUGAAACUGGACUUAAUACGAAUUUAAUAUUAAAAAAAACAAGAAAUUCAACUUAUUCAUAUGGUUUUGGGUGGAAUUUAGAUAAGACUGUUACUGGGAUGCAAGUUGUUAAACAUGGGGGAACAUGGCAAGGAUUUGAAUCAUAUAUUAUUAGAGUUAUCAAUCUUAAACUAACAAUCAUUAUUUUUGCAAAUCUUGAUGAGGCUGAUGUAGAAGAAAUUGCUUCACAUGUAUUACAAAUGUAUGAUCCACAACUCGCUCUUGAUCCCAAUCAAGACGAAGAAGAAGAUGAUGAUGAAGAAGAUGAUGAUGAUGAAGAAGACGAAGAUGAGGAUGAAGAAGAUGAAUAA